GAGUCGUCUAUACCGCAUCGCCCCAACAAACGCACUAUGAUGCAGUCACCCAUCGUUAAUAGCAGAGGUGAGGAUAUCUGUGUUCGAUUCUACUACCACGCCUACGGGAAGGACGUCGGCUCGCUGUCCGUCGAUGUCGACUUAGAGGACCUAUACGACGACAUCACACCGUUUUCGUUUUCCGGCGACCAGGGGAACAAGUGGCUCCCGGCCAACGUGGAUAUACCAGCUAGUUUUACCGGCGUCUAUGAUUACCGGCUCGAAUUCUCCACCAAGAAAAUCACAUCCGGGUUCGAGGGCGAUAUCGCAAUCGACGACAUCAUGUUCUUAAGGCAGCCGUGUGACGGGUACCCAUCGGAGAGCACGUGUAAUUUCGAACAGGGUCCUAGCGGCUGCGGCUACAGUGAGGCUGUGGAAGCUACGUACCAAUGGCAGUGGUUCGAUCUCUUGGCCGUUGAAGAACCGCCUCUCAACACAAUUCCAACCUCUUACAUGUACACCAUGGUUUCGACUCCGAGCAAGGGUCAGAGUGCCGUGCUCUCCUCCGCGGUCUAUGACCUCCGCGGCUGGACCAGUUGCCUCACACUCGACGUCGUACUGACAGCCGACAGCGAUCAGCAGCUACUGAUCCAAGUCGAAGAGACGAGUGCAAAGAUUCGGCGCGAUGUGGGCCAUCUAUCCGGAGACCUGGGUGGAUCGUGGGUCACCGGAAACUGGUCGAUACCGGGUGAUCUCACCAGUUCUCCGUUCCAGCUUGUCUUCACGGCUAUGUAUGGGUCGAGUACGCGAGGAGUCAUAGCCAUCGACAAUGUUUUCCUCUCGAAACAUCUGGAUGCCUGCAAUCAAUAUGUACCACCUCCGACAAAAGAACCCGUGAAAACGAGUUCACGACCGAUCAAUUCUCGUCCGACAGCAACAUCCUCCUCAUCGACGUCAGGCCCGAUGUCCACACCCAUCGACAUUGUAAGUCGGGGACCACAGCAAGGCGGUCAUUCCAAUGUUGGCAUGAUCGUCGGCAUCAUCAUUGCUGUCAUCGUCGUCGUAGUCGUCGUGGUUCUCGUUGUGUUCUUGAAAUUUCGCAGCUCGAUGAGUUUAAGUUCUCUGACUAUCGGGUAUAAGAAUGAGAAGAUGGAUGACGUACCGUUCUCUGGAAUUAAACCGGGAAACGGCGGGGGAGGUAAUUUGGACCCCCAGGUGGUGAUCGGUGGGACUGGAUUAGGGUCAGAUGCCUAAAUUCCCGAUUCAAGUAGUUUCGAAGAUUAGACGUGAUUUGUUGAUUCAGUCAUUAACUCAUCAAUCGGUUAAUCUCAAGAAAUUGUGAGUCUUUGUGCAGUUUGAGUGAGCAGAAUUAGAUCCAAAGAUUUUUUAAAUCUUGAAUAUGUUGAGGAGAGAAUGUGAUUAUUCCAUGGGAAUUAUUAUUAAUGAUUAUUACGCCUCAGACAUUUAAAGGAGCUAUUUGUAUAAAAGUAAUAACGAAUGAAGUACAGUACAUGCUCUUUGUCAUCUCUCUUAAAUUUACGAAGCAGAUAUUCCACUUUCAUUCCGAAAACUUCUUCUUUCCAGUUAUUUCGCAUUUUGUCCCAUCAUCUGUCGUUUAACCUCCAUAUACGCUUUCUGUAAAGUAUUUAUAGCAAUUAUGAUAGUAACACGCAAAGUUGUUUUUUUAUGGCGGUUGCGUGAUGUAUGGCAGGUCAAACAAUAUAUCUGUAUAUAAUAAUCUAUAUACAAUUUAUAUCAUUUUAUGAUAUAUGCUAUCCCUCAAUAAAGUAUGUCCAGGUGCCAAGGGGCGUAAUAAGUCCCAGGUUUCGCCAGUUACGAGAUCACACUUUAUACCAUUUUCUUCAGAGUAUAUUUUACCGCAGUGUUUGUAUUCCAUCAAACUUACUCUACAUCGCAUUUUAUGCUAUGUAACAUCCAAUACUUAUAUUUUUUGCUGAUAUGUAAUUUUUAUUUUGUUGUGACUAUUUGUAUUUCUAUUUCUUAUUCAAUUGUUGUUGUUUUUUUCCACGACCCUUUUGUAAACCAGCCAAGUUGCUAAAUAGAUUUUGUUAGCGCUUUAAAAAAAAAAUAAUAAUAAUAAUAAUAUUUGAUUUUUAUAUAGCGCUU